CUUAGUGCUGAGUUACUACUAAGGAUAUACUCUAUGGUUCUUACCAGUUUGAUUGGCAGCAAGGAGGCAUCAAAAUUUAGAUGGCUGGUCAUGGAUUCAAUAGGUAGUAUAACUGAUAAUUUCUCUGAGAUAAUGCAUAAACAGGACACUGAGCUUCUGGUAGAGCUGCGCCACUUCCCCCGGAAAAGUAGAAAGUCAGGAUACCACACAAUCCACAUUUGUACUGAAAUGGCACCAGUGGUAUCAGUUGGAUCUUUGGCACCACAUGUAACCGUAUUAUCUCGUGCCUUGCAAAGAAAGGGAAAUCUGGUCGAGGUUAUCUUACCCAAAUAUGCUAGCCUAAAUUUAAAUGAAGUUCAUGAAUUACGAAAAGUUGAGGCGGAGUUCCAGUCAUACUUUAAUGGUCAACGGCAUGGAAACAGAAUCUGGACUGGGGUUGUCUGUGGCAUUGGAGUGACUUUCAUAGAACCUCUAUACUAUUCAGCAUUUUUCGGCUGUGAGAACAUAUAUGGCUACUUAAAUGAUUUUGAACGAUUCACCUACUUUUCUCGUGCUUCAUUGGAUUAUAUAGUUAAAGCAGGAAAGCACCCGGAUGUGCUUCAUAUACACAAUUGGGAAACAUCUAUUGUUGGUUUACUGUUUUGGGAAGUUUUUGUAAAUAAGGGACUUGGAGGUACCAGGAUAAUGUUGACAUGUCAAAGCUUUGAGUCUCAGUGUGUAGAGCAACCUGAAAAGUUAGCCCUAUGUGGGCUUGAUCCUUAUGGACUACAUUGUUUUGACCGUCUGCAAGAUAACAACAAAUCCCAUCUUGUCAAUGUUUUGAAGGUUGGAGUGGUUUACUCCAACAAUGUUAUCAUAAUGUCAUCCAUGCAAACAAAAGGGCAGACAAUUCAUGCUACGAGCCAUGGUCUUGAGCCCACCUUAACCAUACACAAGGACAAGUUAGUAGUUGCUCCUCCUGGAUUCGACAGUUCAGCUUGGGAUCCUUCAGUAAAUAAGUUUCUUCCACAAAACUAUAGUGCAGAUAAUAUGAAGGGGAAAUAUGUCUGCAAAGUUUCGUUGCAGCAGCAUCUGGGGUUGCAGGAGAAAGCAUCCAUUGUUCUUGUAGGAUGCAUCUUCUCAGACAUCUCUGAUAUUGAACUGGAGAACCUCAAGACGCUUAUUUGGAUGGCUUCAAGGAGAGGUGUUCAGUUUGUCUUCAUGGGCUCGGGUCAAACUCCUGGUUCAAAUUCGGCAUUAGAAUAUUUUGAGGAGGAACUCAAGGAUGAAAACAUGAGAUUUCUUAAUAAAUAUGAUGAAUCUUUAGCACAUUUAGUACUUGCGGGAUCUGACAUCAUGCUAUGCCCUUCUUUUGAUGAUACAGUACUCCAAAUACCACUCAAGGCCAUGAGAUAUGGAGCUAUGCCUAUUCUACUGGAUUUUACCGACAGUAAAUACGGGCACUUUGUGGAUCGUGAUCUUGAGGGCACCGAAUUCUCUCGUUAUAUCAAUGAUACCUUCUCCAAUAUGCCCCUGAACCAAGCAAUUGAUGAACUUAAGAAUAACCCAUCAAAAUGGGACAAGAAGAUCGAUCGUCUAUGCCAUGACAAAGGAUUUUUCGUGGGAUGCAGAGUGCUGCGACAUUCAUAUCUCUGCAUAUACAGCAAUAAAAAACUUGUAAAGUAGAUUUUCUUUACAUAUUCACCUAUUUAUCUCUCUGUCCAUGCCAUAUCAUAUGGGUGCCUAUUACAUGACGGUUUUUUGUUAACUUAAUAAAAAAUGUAUUAGAAUG